AUGUUUCUUCUGAUGUUUUUGGUACAUAAAGUAGGUACUUUGAGCUGCCCUGCAAGUGAUGCUUUCCUUGUUCCACAUGAGUGGUACCAACCUGGGGACUUCGUCAUUGGUGGGAUGAUGUCCCAUAUCGUUUACCACUUUUUUAAAACGAAAUUUAGCGAACAUCCUGCUAGAACGCCUUAUGAUGUACCAAUUGUAAUCACCAAAUUUCAUCAAUACGUCCUUGCCUUGGCUUUUGCUGUGAAGGAGAUCAAUGAGGAUCCCCAGAUCUUACCUAACGUCACUCUUGGGUUCCACAUCUAUGACAGUUACCUGAAUGCGAGGAUGACCUAUCGGACCACUCUGGACAUGCUUUUCAAAUCCCAGGAAUUUGUCCCUAACUACAAAUGUGACAGCCAGAAGAAUCUCAUGGCUAUCAUUGGAGGAUUGGAUUUUGAAACAUCAUCUAAUAUGCGUGAACUUAUAGGUUUCUUCAAGAUACCACAACUAAUAUAUGGCUCAUUAGCCCAAGAUGCAUUUGAGACUAGUAAGCUCUCUUCACUUUAUUUCAUGGUCCCAAAAGAAGACCAUCAGUACAUUGGGAUUAUCCAACUGCUUCUCCAUUUCAAGUGGACAUGGAUUGGGAUUUUUGCUGUUGAUAACAACAAUGGAGAAAAUUUCUUACAGAAAAUGCAGCCCUUACUCUCACAGAAUGGAAUAUGUUCAUCAUUUGUACAAAGGCUUUCCCAACUGGUCCAUGUGGAAGAACUCGCAGGACUUUAUCAAACAGUCUCAGUUAUCUACAGUAAUAUGAUGAACAGCAAAGCCACUGCAUUUCUCGUCUAUGGAGAAUCCUGGGCAAUUAUGGGGCUAAGAGCUGUCAUAUUUAUGGUAAAUCUUGAAAGCAAAGAAACUGCAUCAUUUAGAAAGGUGUGGAUCAUGACUGCGCAGAUUGAUUUCAUAUUAUCAGGCUUUCAAGUCAGUUGGGAUCUCCAGAUGUUCCAUGGGGCGCUUUCCUUCACUGUUCAUUCAACAGCAGUUGCAGGUUUUAAGGAAUUUCUUCAGACCAUCACUCCUCUUUCAGUCUCCAGAGAUGGGUUUUUGAAGGAUAUUUGGGAACAAUCAUUUGAUUGCUCAUUUCCAAAACCAGAAUUACAAGAAAUGGAUAGUAAGCCGUGCAAUGGGAAGAAGAAGUUAGAAGAUCUUCCUUCGCCUUUGUUUGAAAUAGAAAUGACUGGCUACAGCUACAGUGUCUACAAUGCUGUUUAUGCUGUGGCUCAUGCUUUGCAGGCUCUGUACACGUUACGUUUCAAUAGAAAAAAAACUAUGAUGGCUGGGGAGAGAGUGUUCCUGAAUGAGAAAGGGGAAGCGACAGGUGGAUUCGAUAUCACCAACUUGAUCACUUUUCCAAACAGAUCCUUUCAGAGAGUUAGAGUUGGAAAGAUGGAUCUCCAGGCUCCAAAGUGGAAAGAAUUAUUCAUGGAUGAAGAUGUGAUUGUCUGGAACUCAGCUUUUAAUCAGGGUCUUCCAUUGUCUCGGUGCAAUGACCCUUGUUUCCCUGGAUCCUGGAAGAAAGGGAUCGAGGGGGAUCAGUUCUGCUGCUAUGACUGUGUUUCAUGCCCAGAAGGGAAGAUUUCAAAUCAAAAUGAUAUGGAUGACUGUUUUGAAUGUCCAGAAGAUCAUUAUCCAAAUAAAGAAAAGAAAGACUGUAUUCGAAAACAGGUGGUGUUUCUAACCUUUGAAGAAUCUUUAGGAAUUGGUUUGGCCUCAAUUCCAGUUUGUUUCUUCUUCUUGACAUCUUGGGUGCUUGGAACUUUUAUUAAGCACAGGAAUACCCCCAUUGUCAAAGCCAACAAUCGGUCCCUCACCUACACCCUGCUUGUCUCUCUUCAGCUCUGUUUUCUCUCCUCUUUGCUCUUUCUCAGCCAACCUGGCAAAGUGACCUGCCUUCUCCGACAAUCAAUGUUUGGGGUCACUUUCUCUGUGGCCAUUUCUAGUGUUCUGGCUAAAACCAUCACUGUGGUUGUGGCUUUCAUGGCCACUAAACCAGGAUCUCAGAUGAGGAGAUGGGUGGGGAAAAGAUUGGCUUUUUGUACUGUCCUUUUUUGCUCUCUCUUACAAGUAUGUAUUUGUAUUCUUUGGUUGUCAACAUCUCCCCCAUUCCCUGAGUUGGACAUGCACUCAGUGCUCCAGGAAAUGAUUUUACAAUGCAAUGAGGGGUCAGCUUUCUUCUUCUACUAUGUCUUGGGCUAUAUGGGUAUCUUGGCCAUCGCCAGCUUAAUGGUGGCUUUUCUUGCCCGUAAAUUACCUGACAGCUUUAACGAAGCCAAGUUCAUCACUUUCAGCAUGUUGGCCUUUUGCAGUGUGUGGAUCUCCUUCUUUCCAGCCUAUCUGAGCACAAAAGGCAAAGCCAUGGUAGCUGUGGAGGUCUUCUCCAUCUUGUCCUCCAGUGCUGCAUUACUGGGAUGCAUAUUCCUUCCAAAAUGCUACAUCAUUGUUUUCCAUCCUGACCUCAACUGCAGGGAGCAACUCACAAAGAGAAAUUAG